GCAAAAUUUUCCACUAAUACAAAUGACAAGAAUGAGAGAGGCGAAUAUGUAUUUCCAGGAAUUUUAUUUCCAGCGUCGAACUCAACCCUUCACCACUGGCCAAUUCUUUCAUAAUGUGAAUGUUUCUCCCCUUCGGUUCUCAUUACUGCCUAGUAUUCUGUACUUUAAACAUUUCAACAUUUUCACUUAACGCCAUUUAACAAGUCAGUUUUCAUAAUUCAAGCCCAAUUUUAGAAAACUUACCGAAACUUAAAAGUAAAUAAUAAAACCUAAAUAUUAUUUAACUUGUGAAAUUACAAGCUAGUAAAUACAUAAAUUAACAUUAUAAAUUAACUCUUCUAAAAUGGAAUCCAUCUUCACUUUUCACCAAGCAAACUAUGUUGGACGUUUAGAAUCCAGCUUCCUUGCCGAAGUUUGUUGGAUGGAGGAGGGAGUUUUGCAAUCUACUCGACCGACGCCAUACCUUCGCGUCAUGCUGACACAGGACGACGGGGAGACAGUUAUGGUGGCCAUUGCGACCGGCAAUUUUUACCACGUGGCAAAAAAUCGUUAUCAGGUCGGGAACGUUUACCGUUUUCCACGUGGCAUGUUCGAGAUCCGUCCUCGUACAUCGCAAGACUCGUGCUCAAGUUAUCUAUACGACUUGUGGGUCCUGCACGAUUCUGCCACAUCUACCCAAACGAAUGACAAAUCUUGCCGCAUUUCAAACUUGGAAGACUCGAUGCAAAACAUGAGCAUUUUCUAAAUUUGUAUGUGUAUUUAGUUAGAUUACAUUUUAUUGCGUACUCACCCAUUUAUAUCUUUUUA